UCUUCCUCCGCUCUUCUUCUUCUUCUCUCUCUCUCUCUCUCUCUCUAGGAGAUGAGCUUCUCCGCGAAGCCUCAAACCCUAACCCUCAUCUCAUGCACUCCUCUCUCUUCUUCUUCCUCUUCCCAUCGCCGAUCGAUUCGUAGAGACUUUCUCGGCUGCGGCCAGAGCCUCCGCCCGCUCGCCGGCGGUCUCCGCUCCCACAGAGAACGCAGGAGCUUGGACGGAGGUCACCGCACUCCUCCCUCGAAGUUUCUCAUCAGAGCUUCUCUGGAUUCGCAUUCCCUCCUCGUCGUGGUCGCCGUCGUCACCUUCUCUGCUGCCUCCGUCGUCUACUUCAAUCGCUCCGUCAAGCCCCGGAAGAAUUUUGAUGUUGGGGGCAGAGAGAUUAGGGAGGUUAACGGUAAAGCUCCGAUUGAAGAGAAUCAGAUUCUUGGUUUUGAUGGUUUGAGCGGCAAAGUUGAAGAAAUUGAGACGCCGGCGCCGACGCCGGUGCUGCAAUUUCACAAUUCAGCGCAGGAGUCGCUUUCUCCUUUGGUGUUCGAAUCAACCGCGGUGUUUGAACCGCUUCGUUUCUCUGCAGAGUUGGCACAGCUGCAGCAACAGGAACGGUCUGAAUGUGUUGAUUACGACCCAAUUUCUGAGGAGUUCUCCAAAUUAGUAGGCGAAUCUAAUUUCGGCGUGGCUUUGGAGGCUGAUUCUGUGAGUGAUGAGGAAACCGAUGAAGGCGAUGAAGAAGAUGAAGUGGAUGAAGUCAGUGAAGUGGGUGAAGCUACUGGAUUUCCUUUGCUUCAUAGAGAAUCAGUGAGGGAAGAGCUUCACAUGUUUUAUGAGGGAAACAAGUCUGAGACAAAAUCAGAAGCAAGCAUGAAUGGUAAAAAAUUAUCUUCAUUUUUACGAAACAGCACUAUGACAGGGGCCGGUUUACUGCCACAAGUUUCCGAUCACACUACAGAGUCUAUGGAAGGAAAGAUAGAUAGUGCUAGUUAUAAAGGAGUUCACAGCAGAAAGGACUUGGGAAAUGGCAGUGGAUAUUCAAGCGACCAAGAAGUAAGACAUUCGGCUACCCAGAUUCCCCACCCAAAUGGUAUUCUUACAAAUGACAGAGAUAUUCUAUCAGAGCAAUUAGGUGCCUACCAUCGUUUGCUUAAGGAUGGGAGGUUAGCCGACUCUCUAAAGUUGCUUGAAGAUUUGCAAAGAAGGGGUUUGUUGGAUAUGAAUAAGGUUUAUCAUGCAAGGUUUUUUGAAAACUGCAAAUCGAAAAAGGCUGUUGAUGAAGCUUUUCGUUUCAUUGAACUGAUUCCAAAUCCAACAUUGAGUACAUACAAUAUGCUCAUGACUGUCUGUGCAAGUUCUCAAGAUUCAGAGGGAGCUUUCCAAGUUGUGAGACUUGCUCGGGAGGCUGGACUGAAGCCCGACUGCAAACUUUACACCACUCUGAUAUCAACAUGCGGUAAAAGUGGAAAAGUGUACACGAUGUUUGAUGUCUUCCAUGAGAUGGUCAAUGCUGGAGUAGAGCCAAACGUUCACACAUAUGGGGCACUGAUUGAUGGUUGUGGCCGAGCUGGGGAAGUGGCCAAGGCAUUUGGUGCUUAUGGGAUAAUGAGGUCUAAGAAAGUGAAGCCAGACCGAGUUGUAUUCAAUGCGCUUAUUACUGCAUGUGGUCAAUCAGGAGCAGUUGAUCGUGCCUUUGAUGUUUUAGGAGAAAUGCUGGCAGAAACACAACCCAUAGAACCUGAUCACACUACCGUCGGUGCUCUAAUAAAGGCAUGCGCAAAUGCUGGUCAGGUUGAUCGGGCACGAGAAGUAUAUAAGUUGGUCCAUAAAUAUAAGAUAAGGGGCUCCUCUGAGGUUUACACCAUAGCUGUUAAUUCUUGCAGCCAGACAGGCGAUUGGGAAUUUGCUUGCAGUGUGUAUAGUGACAUGACUAGUAAAGGCGUGGUCCCUGAUGAGAUGUUUCUCAGUGCACUAAUAGAUGUUGCUGGGCAUGCUGGAAAGCUAGAUGCUGCCUUUGGUAUCCUACACGAAGCUAGAAAUCGGGGAAUACAAGUUGGAACUGUAUCUUACAGCUCAUUGAUGGGUGCCUGUAGCAAUGCUAAAAACUGGCAGAAAGCACUGGAGCUCUAUGAGUAUCUCAAGUACACCAAAAUUGAGCAAUCUGUUUCAACAGUCAAUGCUUCAAUCACUGCCUUGUGUGACGGGGAUCAACUACAGAAGGCUAUGGAAGUUCUAUCGCAAAUGAAGGGAUUAGGAUUGCGUCCAAACAGCAUAACAUACUCCAUACUUGUGGUGGCAAGUGAAAAAAAGGAUGACCUAGAAUCUGGCCAAAUGCUCCUUUCUCAAGCCGAAAAGGAUGGGGUUGCUCCAAACCUUGUCAUGUGUAGAUGCAUUAUUGGCAUGUGCUUACGGAGAUCUGAGAAGGCAUGUGCACUUGGUGAACCUGCUUUGUCGGUUGAUCGGCCUCAAGUUGAUAGUGAAUGGGCAUCUUUGGCCUUAAUGGUCUACCGCAAAACUAUUGUAGCUGGUAAUGUUCCCACCAUUGAAGUUAUAUCACAAGUUUUGGGAUGCUUGCAGCUCCCUUACGAUGCGUCAUUCAAGAAUAGGCUUAUAGAGAAUCUUGGUGUAUCUGCCGACACAUCAAGACCUUCAAGACCUUCAAACCUUUGUUCAUUGAUAGAUGGGUUUGGUGAAUAUGACCCUCGUGCAUUCUCAUUACUUGAGGAAGCUGCUUCACUUGGAAUUGUUCCAUGUGUAUCCUUCAAAGCAAGUCCUGUUGUUAUUGACGCAAGGAAGUUGCAAAUGCAUACUGCGGAGGUUUACAUCUUGACCGUUUUGAGAGGUCUCAGACAUCGACUUGCUGCUGGUGCAAAGUUACCCAACAUGACCAUUUUACUGCCUGUAGAGAAGACACAAAUUGUGUCUACUAAAGGGAAGACAAUCAACAUUGCCGGAAGGAUUGGGCAGUCAGUUGCAGCAUUAUUAAGAAGGCUUGGGUUACCGUACCAAGGAAAUGAAUCACAUGGAAAAAUUAAAAUCAGUGGGUUAGCCAUGAAAAGAUGGUUUGAACCAAAGCUUGCUUCUUUCACUGGAAAACCAGGAGAAUUUGGCUCCUCGCAGUUACAGCUGGGGAAGGGAAUCACACACCAGCAGCGGGACAUUCGAACUGGCAAUCUGUCCUUGGAGUAAAGGGGGCAUAACUUAAGUAGACAUUUUAGAAGCAUCUAAUCCAGUUUUCCUAACCUCGGCUGAUGCUCUAUAGUACACAUGCAUACCUUCCGGCAACCCCAAUCUUAUAAAUUCCUUCAAACUUGGGACACAGGAUUUGGAAGCUUCUUUCUUGCAUAGAGUUUGUAGAAGAGUAACGGGAGUUUUUAGAGUGAGCAGAGUGACAGCCGAGGAGUAAUGGAGCGCAAAGAACAUGAGGUUGCAAAGGGAGAGAGGUGUAACGUACACAGGUCAUCAUUCCAGUGUCUUUGUGGUACCUUGGAGUUGGAAAUUGGUGAUGACCCCUUCAAAAAUGUAUGCUUUAAGACAAUAAAAAGUGAGGGAAAACAGCAGUACAGAGUUGUACUUGUGUGUUCAUUACCAUCACGGAAGUUGAAAUGUAUGCUUAUGACAGUGUCAACCUUGUUUAUAUUUAUAUAUACCAUUAUAGAGUUAUCCCUCCCU